CUCACAGAGCAACACAUGUGGCCCACACCCAUUCAAGGGAGAGAGAGAAAAAAAAACACAUUGCGCAUGGGUCUUCAACUUAACACUCCUGUCAACUUAACAGCUUAACAGUUGCACAAAUUCAUCACGGAAAGGGAGUUGAAGGAAAACGUAUUGCUUGACUUGGGCUUGUAUUGACUGUUCAUCAUGGACUCACCAACAACAGCAGGUACAAUUAGCGUCUUGUCUUCGGGAGAGGCCUUCAGCCACACGGUCAGUCACAUUUUCAGAGAACUCUUCACACAGCCCUCCGUAGCUGGAGUUCUGACAACAACUUCUGCACAUAUGACUGAAACAACCUCAGAUGCUUCUGUGGGAGUUCUGACAACAACUUCUGCACAUAUGACUGAAACAACCUCAGAUGCUUUUUUAGGAGUUCUGACAGCAAUUUCUGCACAUAUGACUGAAACAACCUCAGAUGCUUCUGUGGGAGUUCUGACAACAACUUCUGCACAUAUGACUGAAACAACCUCAGAUGCUUUUUUAGGAGUUCUGACAGCAAUUUCUGCACAUAUGACUGAAACAACCUCAGAUGCUUCUGUGGGAGUUCUGACAACAACUUCUGCACAUAUGACUGAAACAACCUCAGAUGCUUUUUUAGAGGGAGCCGCCAUCGUAAAAGGUGUAUCCUUUGAAAACCUUUUCGUAGGAGUCAUUAUUGUGGCGGUACUGGUGGUGGUACUGGUGCUGGUCCUGGUCCUGUGCCACAACGGCAAGCGUAAGGGCACUUACCACACCAACGAGGCCGAGUGUGGUUAUUCUGACGACACGUAUGGCUCUGAAAGCGAACUAGAGAUUUUGAACGAGGAAGAAUAGAAAGAAGUACACAUCUAAACCAGGGCCAGUUGUCAACUCAAGAUGCCAAAUAUAUUCUAUGGAAUUGGUAAUGCCUAUGAUGGUCAUCUAAUUUCAAGGCAACAUUUAUAUGGGGCAUACGACCAUCUCAGCUCUGCAGAUUUUGCCACGAAGAGACAGUAUCGUUAGAUCACUUAUUUUUGUAUUGCCCAGAUAUACACUAUAUAUACCAAAUUAUGUGGACACCCAUUAGUGGAUUUGGCUAUUUCAGCCACAUUACAGCCUUAUUUUCCUCAUCAAUCAAUAUACAGAAGCACUUUAAUAAACAAUUAAUAUUCAUUACAUGUGACUAACUUCAAGCUUACAAUUAGUACAGUAGUUAAACCAAUAUUAGAUUGUUGAGGUUUUGAAAAGAUGUAAAAACUAGAGAAAUUUUACAAUCCUUUUUGUUUUCCUUUAAAAAAAAAAUAUCAUACUCAAAAGAUAGUACCUUGUUUGAAUUUCUAUUAUUAGGUUGUUGAGCGAGCUUAAUGUAUAAUAAUGUAUAGCAUUGCUGAAUGUAAUAUCUGUUUUCAUUUUUUUUCUAAAUUGAUAUCCAGUUGUAAUCUGAGCUUGUAAAAUUAAAUCAAGGCACAGGCAUCCCUCCUAACGCCAAACUGGA